CAAUAUGGACUUGAAAGUUGGACAUUGAAGCGAUAACACAUAAAUACAUGGGCAAAGAAUGCGAAAUAAUAAACACAAUAAAAAUAAGAAAGUUACAAUAUUUGGGCACGUAAUGAGGGGACAGCAAUAUAAACUUCUAAGGCUGAUAACACAGGGAAAGAUAAGAGGAGGAAGGAGUAUAGGAAGAAGGAGAGUGUCAUGGUUGAAGAAUUUAAGGGACUGGUUUCAAUGCAGUUAUAUGGAACUCUUCAGAGCAGCAGUAGAUAGAGUAAAUAUUAGUGAUUGAUUGAUAUCCAGGCCCCAAUGG